CUAAGACUCAAGCUUCAGGCUGCUUGCCGCGCGCUGGAUUUAAUGCGCUCGUAUCAAGAUUAUGACACUGCGCCUCAAUGCAGCAUGCGUAGCUACGUUAUGUCCGAACGUCAAACUGCUGCCUAGUCCGACCAGUCUUGUCACAAUUCGCUAUCGAGAACACGGUGAGCAAAUUUGGUCUAGCCUACGCUGCCUGAGCCACAGUAUGCCUCGUCUUGCAAGUCGUGCGCAUGCGUGAACCGUAUUGACAAUGCCCUUAUCUGUGAAGGUUGGUACGUUAUGUCCAACUCGCUUGACUAUUCACAAAAAAUUACAGCUUCACCAUGAGCGAUAUACGACCUUUGGAUCGAAAGCCUUACUAUGUGGACCACUUCGAACAUCUCCACCGCGUACUGGGCCGGCCACAGCUAACUGGCAUCGGCAUCUCAGGUUGCGUUGGGGUAGGUAUCUUUGUAACUUCUGGCUCUCUCAUCACCACUUCCGGGUCUCUCGGUGGCCCUCUCAGUUAUCUUGUUGCUGGAAUCAUAGCGGCAUGUGUCCUGUACACUCUUACGGAAAUGGUCGCAUGCCGCCCGCUGACAGGAGCAUUGAUCGAUUUGCCACAUAAGUUUUUGGACCCGGCGGCAGGCUUUGCAGUGGCGGCUUCAUAUUCCCUCGGGAACAUACUCUCCAUGGCAUGUCUCACAGCAUACUCCGCAGAAUUGACAGCACUCAUGAAAUCCGGAAACAGACCCGCACGUCAUUCACCAGGAGUUGAGGUGGGCAUCACUGUCGCAUUCAUUGCGUUGACGACAUUGACACACUGCUUCGGAGUCAAAUUAUACGGAACAAUAGAGAGAGUGGUCGCAGCUUUUAAGCUUUGCUUGUUCAUCUUAGUCUGUAUCUUGAUGCUCGUAAUCAAUGUAGGGGCUGCUGGACGACGGACUGGUUCCUACCGGGGCAAUUACACGACAAUGGCCUUUCCUCCUGGUUUCAAACCAACGGGAUUCAACGCAUCGUCGGACGACCUGCUCCACGGGAAGGAUACAGCAGAUACACAGUUCGGUAUCCCUGGCUCUGGUGGACGAGUUUUCGGCUUUCUGACGUCCGUCACAUUGGCCAUGUUUUCCUGCUUCGGGGGCGAAACCAUUGCAAUGACUGCAGGUGAAGCCAAGGAUGCCUUCAGAGAUGUUCCAGUGGUCAUGUCAUUCGUUUAUAUCAUUCCCCUCUCCCUUUAUCCUCUCGUCCUCAUUUCCGCAGGCGCCAACGUCAACUAUGCGGAUAGUGACCUCCCGGUUAUGUGGGCCCAAGGAAACGGAUCUGGAGGACUAUCCCCAUUUGUAGUCGCUGUUCAAACUUCUGCUAUCGCUGGUGUUGCAAAGGCUCUCCACCUUUUCUUCAUCAUCUCGGCAUAUACGGCAGCGAAUACUGAGCUGUACGUGGCAUCCCGAAGCGUGUUCAUGCUCGCACAGACAUAUCUGCCAAGAACGGUGGCCGAUAUCUUUGGAAGGACCAACAACGGCCAUACGCCAUUGUCAGCGAUUCUGCUGUGCUCGAUGUUUGGCUUCGUAUCACUAGCUGGCCUCAGCAGACAGGCUUACGACCAGCCACGUCAAACGCUAUCAGCUUUCUUCACUGGUUCGAUAGCGUGUGUCUACAUUUGCGAGUGUGUGACUUUUCUCAAGUUCAAGGCUGGCCUGAAGCGACUAGAAGAACGAAAGAUUUUGAGUCGUAACGACCCGCUCUACAUCUCCCGAAUGUUCAAGUCACGCUGGCAACCUCUCCCUGCUUACAUUGGCAUCGUCGGAUGCACAUUCGUCGUCAUAUGGUCUGGCAUACCUCCAUUGUACAUUCUCGGAGCGAGGGGCGGUUUAACGUCGACCAAGCAUCUGAAGUCGAGUGUGGGUCUCGCAUGCGAUGUAUUAGGUGCUUAUUCAGGGCCCUUCCUUUUCGCAGUCUUCUACCUUACAUACAAAUACAUAACACCCCGCUCCUUUUCCGUCAAGCUCGACGAUCUCACACCAGGCGACUACGUCCUAGGUGAUCUCGCCGUCAUCGAAGGCGAGGAUCCCAUCGCAUCAGAUGCCGUGGUCGAGCCUGAUGGAUAUCAGUUAGAAGCGCAGCGGUGGAGUACGGCCUCGCCAAAAUACGCGAGUGCUGAGUUCGAGAUGAGCCCUGAUCUACAAGAGGAGUAUGAAAUGCAGCGGGGCAACGAGGAAGAGCGUCAGAGAAUUGAAGAGGUGCUGUUGCGGAGGCCGGAGCGGCUGGAGCGGGCGCUGUGGAGGGAGCUGUGGAGUUGUGUCGUCGCUGAUAAGCAAGCGCGUUCGACCUCGGAGUAAACUGUCUACCGUACGAAACUUCAUUUCGCCAUGCUUAAUCUGGUAUAUCCGGCUUCCCGUGCGAAACCCAUGGGUGCCCCCAAUGGCCGUAGCAAGCUCACCUUCUCGAAGCAUCAAGAACGCGCCUUGAAGCUUGGCUAGAGCUUGUUGCACCCCCGUCGGUUGCUUGAUAAGAUUAGACUCCUCCAAUCGUAAAAUUGCCAUCUAACGUCAGCGCUUUGGUGUAUUCGCUUGGGUGAGCUAGGGAUCCUCUACCUGCCUAAAGAAGGGUAGAAGAUCGGAACCGAGUACCCGAGUUUACAAUUCAGUAUUUGGGGGUCGUAUCUAUUAUGAAGGUUGACGGGAGAGUGAAAAGGUGUUGGAGGUGUAUAAAAGGAGU